CCUGUCGACUGCGAUACGGGUGCUAGGGACAUCCAGAAAGUGAGCAGAAUGGCAACGUCUAGGCAGGCAUGAAGCGCGUUGCGCCGGACACUGACAGUCUUUCCCCGGAAGAAGUUCAGGGUGACGCUGGCAUGCGUGCCUCAUGCUCCUUCUGCCCUCACUUCGCAGUCACCUAACAGAUGAGGUAAGGCCAUAUAUACCUUCAAUCAUGGCGUCCCGAAUCCCAGUGCACCGUCAGCCGUACCUCUCAGCGGUCGCCCACGAUGCCCCCCUUCCCUAUCAGCGAGGCCGAGCUGGUCGCUUUAUUCAUGGAGAGCGUCACUUGGGGCAUCCAAAUCGUCACGUUCACACAAUGCGUAUGGGCGCUGUUCGAGACAGCCAAGGGUGGUCCGCGGCGGGUCAAUGUCACCCUCCUCACCUGGGCAAUCGCACUGUUCGUCUGGGGAACGCUGGACAUCUCGUUCAGCGUGUACCGCAACCUCACCGCGUUCAUCUACUACACCGGUCCUGGUGGUUCCAACGAGAUUUUCAACCAGAUAUCAGACUAUGCGACCGUCCUGCGGAGCGUAUGGAACUUCCUGGCAAUCUUGACAGCGGACAUGGCAUUGAUCCACCGGUGUUUCGUGAUUUACAACCGGAACUGGCUGAUCGUCGUAUUUCCCUCGCUCAUCUGGGCCGCCAGUCUGGCAUCUGCAGCCGCGGAGAUCUACUACAGCGCUACGUUUGACGCUUUGACGAACCUCGCGGGCGCGGCGAAGAUUGAAGAUUUCCUGAACGCGUUUAUCGCGCUCGGCGUGUCUCUGAACAUCAUCACGACAGGCGAGUGUCCAUCUGACUUUGUCAGCACGCGUUACUUACGGAGGCCAAUAAUAGCGAUCAUCCUCUAUCGUGUUGGCCAACUCCAAAAUGCAUCUGCCAGGAUGCUUGCUGCGAAGGCGGGGAAGCAUGAUCAUAUCCCCAGCAGUGACCGCAUGAGAUGGUCGCAGCUCAGCCAGAUCCUGGUCGAGUCCGCGGUGAUGUACACCCUCGCCGGUAUCAUUCUGCUCAUCGUCAACUUCGCUGGGAGCAACGCGGUCUAUCCCGUGUCCGACCUCACCUUACAGCUUGCGGGCAUCCAAUACGACAUGAUCAUCAUCCGCGUCUGCCGUGGGGUUGCGGCGGAGCAAGUACACUCUACGGUACAAUACCCUUUGCGGGAUACGACCUACAGCAUGCGUCCAGAGCUGCCUCCCAUCGAAGGGCUCACCUCGGAUAUUGACACGAAGAGCGGGAGGGAGUCCGGGGUUGAAGCGAACGAGAUGAACCUGCAUGACUACGUUGCGACGCAGGUGUAGCGUCUGUCAUGAAUUUGACCGUUUGAUGAAUGCUUUCUGAUCAUGACUUGCACGGCUUGAUGUGUAGUAGUGUACAUAGAGCUCAUAUAAUAGAAACUUCCUGUCCCAUCCUGAUAGGUGGGUGUUGAGGCUGCAUAUAUCUAAGUUGAGAUGGUCAACGUGGUUGGUAUCCUGAGUUGACACUAAAUCCCGAACUUGUCGGUGAUCUCCUUGCAUACAACCACCAAAGCCCUUCCCAGUCU